AUGCAAGAGCGACGAACGCAAGGCCUAGACCCUAGAGAACCCAAAGACAUACGAACCAGCCUUUCUGUCUUGAGAAUGACCGUCACGAAACUCGAGAUGGAAGCCAGGGCCUACCAGGAGGCCAUCAAGAAACAAGAUCUCCUUAUCGGAGAAGCUUUCAAUAUCUUGCAGGACCCAUCAUCUGACCAUCCAAUGCGACAGACUCCUUCCAACAUCGCCAAAAGCUCCGCAAAGUCCUGGAAAGCCUCAUUGGAGCACCUUUGGGACCUCUACACAGAGCGCGCAGCUCUCAGAACCAAGCUUAUGAAGAUUACCGAGGACAAGAAGGCGGCGGAGCGUUCAGUGCAGGCACUCAAGAGCCUCACGAUCACCAAGGCCAGCAAGAAAGCCGAAACGCCUACGGGAGAUGCUGUCGCGACACUGGCGUCUGCCAUGGGGGAUCUUACUCUUCACCCUGUGACGACACCUAAGAUUGAGGACGCACAGAAGAAGCCGUCUGAUUCCAAGCAGCAGAGCAAUCAGAUCACGCGUUCCAAUUGCGGAAAUCUUGGAAAGCCUGAAGCGAGGCUUCGUCAGACGACAGAGCCGUCGACCGAGAAGAGGCGAGCUUCCCAUGGAAGGUAUUCUAUCCGCAUUGUGGAGGAUAAUGAGCCCUGGAAGACAUACGGCUACCGGGGUGACAACUUUUACGAUCACUACGACCGCAUCCGUGCGCUGGCUCGGAAGCGAUGA